AUGAAAUUAUUUUGGCUGCCAGUAGAUGGUGUAAUGGGUCUAGGCUGGCCAGCACUGUCAGCCUUCCACGCCAGGCCACCAGUCUCAAAUAUACUUCCGCAGCUAACUGAGCCGCUAUUCACAAUCUACCUAGCGAGUCAUUUGGACGAAAGUAACGCGCAUGACGGAGGGCUAAUUACUUUGGGAGUAGCAUAUUUGGGCAUUCCAAUUUCAUUUGUGUAUCCAAUUAUGCAGGAGUUGAAUACUACCUGGAAUUUUGAUUUCAAUGAGUAUGAAGUAGACUGCAAAUUGCAGAAAGGCGGACCUGCUCUUAUCUUUGACCUGCAAAAUAACAUUUUUCAAGUACCGUCUAAUCAGUACAUUCGGAAAUUCAAGUUGGAGUCGCAAGAUAUUUGCUUGCUGUCAAUACUAGAACAGUACAGCGUGGCAUUUGUUCCAUCCUGGGCACUUGGCUAUCCAUUCCUUCGAUCAUACUGUAGUGUGUAUGACUUUGGAAAUGCUCGCAUUGGUUUUGCUUUACCACUGAAUAUGUGA